GGAACAGAUAUGACUUGAUAACAGUACAUCUGCAGCUAUGCUUGCUUUUCUGAGUGCUUCUAGGGCAGCUGAAGUAAGUACGCUAAUCCCUUGUAAAACCCUUACAGAUUCUUUAAAGUAUCCCUUAUACCUUUCCCAUGCCGUGUUGUCUGUGCUGUUCAAUAAACCCAGAGCAAAGCUUUUUGGUAGGGACACUAACACAGGGACGGAUAAACAGCAAAACAUAGCAAGAAGGAUAGUCAGAUAUACAGAACAGAAUUCAGGCAGGCAGGCACUUAAGCAGGCAGACAGACAGAUAACAGUUCACAUAUCAAAACAUAACAUUAGUUUCUAUUUGUCAAUUAAAGGAAGAAUGUUUACGGUAACAUGACUUGGAUACGAACAUCGUAAUUAUUAGAGAGCAACAUUCUAUCGGGCAAAGUACCAUGGUAUCUGCUAAGUUGUCUUAUUUUAAAAAUGAUUUCAUGUCACUCAUUCACAGGCCUUUGAAGUAAAAACCAGCAGACUUCAUUUCUUUUUUCCCUGUAGAGUUAGGGUUAUACUAUGUAGCCCCACAGCCUCAAACAUGCAAUCCAUGGCCUCCACCUCAGUGUAACCGGAUUAUAGGUGUGUGCCAGACUAGAUUUCUGUUCCCGUAUCACUGAGAAGAUUCUUAAAAAGAGUUUCACUUUUAUUUUCAUAAUCUUAAAUAAACUGAGACCUUUUAUUUGGACUUAGUAUUCUUAAAAUUCAUCCUCUAAUUCUCAAUUAAGAAGAAAAGCAUCCGCGGCCCUGAGCAUCUGAGUGCUCUUCAAGUCUCCGAUUAAAUUUUAAAAAUGGCCUCCAAUAAAACUACAUUGCAAAAAAUGGGAAAGAAACAGAAUGGAAAGAGUAAAAAAGCUGAAGAGGCAGAGCCUGAAGAAUUUGUGGUAGAAAAAGUACUGGACCGUCGUGUAGUGAAUGGGAAGGUGGAGUAUUUCCUGAAGUGGAAGGGGUUCACAGAUGCUGAUAAUACUUGGGAACCAGAAGAAAAUUUAGAUUGUCCAGAAUUAAUUGAAGCAUUUCUUAAUUCUCAAAAAGCUGGUAAAGAAAAAGAUGGUACAAAAAGGAAAUCUUUAUCUGACAGUGAAUCUGAUGAUAGCAAAUCGAAGAAGAAGAGAGAUGCUGCUGACAAGCCCAGGGGCUUUGCCAGGGGCCUUGACCCUGAGCGAAUAAUCGGUGCCACAGACAGCAGUGGAGAGCUAAUGUUUCUCAUGAAAUGGAAGGACUCAGAUGAAGCUGACUUGGUGCUGGCAAAGGAGGUGAAUAUGAAGUGUCCUCAGAUUGUCAUCGCCUUCUAUGAGGAGAGGCUGACUUGGCAUUCUUGUCCCGAAGAUGAAGCACAAUAAUUGUUUGCAUUUAUAUAUAUAUUUACAUAUAUAUAUAUAUAUAUAUAUAUUUACAUAUAUAUUUACAUAUAUAUUUACAUAUAUAUAUAUUUAUAUAUAUAUAUAUAAUCUGGAUCUUGGGUUUUGAAUUACUAGUGUGGAAAAAAUAGCAUUCUAAUGAAAAUCAAGUUUGAUAUGCUGGUUUUGAAAGUAUUGACAGUAGUUGGGAUAUUUUUGGUUUUUGUUCUGCAUCAAAAGGCACUGAUUCCUUUGAGCAAGUGAGAGCUUUCUGUAGUUGCUUCCUUUAACAGCAGAAUAUUUGAUACCAUGUUGUAUUUCCUCAGCUUUGAAGAACAGCUUUUCUUAAUUGCUGGGGAGAUUUUACAGUCAUUACUCAAGUCAGAACUUAUUUUUAACUGGGACACAGAAGGACCAUUCUGGGUUUUUUUGUUUGUUUGUUCGUAUGCAGUGUAUGCAUAAAACACUUACAUAACCUGCCUGUUUUAUCUUUUUUUUUUUUAAUACUCAAAAGAACUGACUGUGAAAACGCAAGUUGAUGAGAUUCCAUCACCGUGAAUGUUCUCCUGAAACCAUAACCUUUCAGAAUAAGCAGAGUCUGUAAUUUAUUGGAUAGUUUAUUUACAGAAUGUUGUCCAUACCAACACCCCUUCAGGAAAUGGAAUUAGACAACAUAGUAGUAUGAUUUAAUAGCAAGACUUGGCCGAGUAUGGUGGUGUGCAUCUUUAAUCCCAGAACUCUGGAGGCAGGUGGAGCUCUGAUUUAAGAGGCCCCUGGUCUACAGAGGCAGGUCCAGGUCAGUGGGUCUGUGUAAAGGUUCCUCUGGUGAACCAUUCCUUUGUAGGACGUUAAAAUCUGUACUAAAAGGUUAUGAUUCAUGGAAUCUGUUUGAUGUGGAAAUAGAAUCAUGGUUGGAGCUGAUGUUGGCGAUUUAAGACCUGCUGACUAAGUGAGUGAACAAAAUUUGCUAAUAUCAAUUAGUGCCCUGCAUGCCUUUCCUUUACCCUGACUCAUUCCUUACGGGUAGGAUCAAUCUUUUCAGUAUUUGCAUUCUGGUUCAAUUAGCCAGAAAAGGAACUUUGUAGUGUCAGAAUGUCAUCCAACUGUAUAUUUACUUUAUUGUAAAUAAUGGUGAACAGUGGUCAAUAAAUAGUUUUAUAUUCCUUUAAAAAAAAAAAAAAGAAGAAAA